CUUCCGUGGUGGGCGUGGCCUAGGCGUGUCCAUUGUGAUAAAGAAAAUCUUCACAUUAACUUUUGUUUGGCGUUGUCGUGAGUCUUUUAGUUAUUUAAGAUUGCCUUCGCCAAAAAGUGUCUUCCUUGCUUCCUUCGUCGACUUAACGACUGCUUGGUGAAAACGAGAGUGGGCAAGCGUCUGUCUGCGGUGAACUUUGACCUCCGUCCGGGGAGAUGUUCGCCACGGCCACCAGGAAUUUCGUGGAGGAGGUGGACCCCGGAGGGUUGCUGAUCCCGGUGAGAAGCCUCAACGACACCAUCGCUCUGCUCACUGUGGUGGUGAGCCAGAAACGUUUCUGGUUCUGGCAGAAGCCCAAAUAUCUGCCCACUGAUUUUACCCUCAACGACAUCUUGACAGGAGACACCCCCAUCACGCCAGUUUUAACAGAGACCGAUUUUAUCAAAUACAAUGGGACGUAUGGUGACAACAUACAAGGGACGCUAGAUGCCACCUUCAUCCAUUCCAACAUGAACAUGGAAGGCAAAGACUCUUCCAAACUCCAGUUUUCAUUUGGCAGUUUGAAGAAAGACGAAAUAGAUGUGCGGCGGUUCCUGCAAGACUCCAAAAACAGGGUGCUGGACAUGUCCCACUGUCUGAUUCAGCAGACCAAGAAGAAGCGUCAGGUCUUUGGUGUUGUCAAGGAGCGUAUUGUGACCAGCCAGCCGUGCAGCGUCAUUGAGGAGGUACAGCAGGCGGGACAGUGUAGUGGCACGCUCAGCUUCUGCGGGCCCAAGACGCCAAAGGUGUCACUGAAAGAUAAUGGUAGCCUGAGCAAAGACAGCAACGUUACCAUGGAGAUUCCCACAAACACCACCCUGGCCUAUGCCCUCGUUGACCUCGAGGUGAAGCACGAUGGUCGUUACGAGCUGUGUCUGAUGUCAGUCAAGGGGGGCUUCGAGGUGGACAGCCCCACCCAGAAAGGUCUGGUGGGGGUCGCUGGAGCUCCUGAGCAAAACAAUCCUGACGUCAGUCAUCUUAGACAAGAACUGGAGAAUCUGUAUGCUCACUUCCAGCUGCUGGCAGCUCUUCCCGCCUCCAGCAGGUCUUCUUUGCUCAAGAACAUCACAGCACUCAUCGAAGACAAAGCAGCUCUCAGUGCUCUUCAAAGUGUGCUGGAUCAAAUGCUUGUGGAAGAGAGCGGUAACGUGACCGACGUUUCGGACGAGCACAAGCAAAGCAUCCAGCCUGUGCUGGAUGUGCUGAAAGAGGCGGAACGUGUGUCAGCGGCGCCGAAGGAACGUCAUGUGUCGCUCCUUAGUGCACUUCACCUCAUUACCAGUGCUUUGGAUGAACUGACUUGUGAUUCCCUUGCUGCGCUGAGUGUCUGCAGCAGUCCCGACGUGUUGAAAAUCAUGGAGCUUCUGGUAAAGUGCUUGUCAGGAAGCGGGGAGUCGCCGGCGAGUGGCGCAGACAUCAACGCGCUGCCGGAGGACGUCUUGUCUGGCAUGCAACAGCUGUUCGCCUCAUCUGGCGUGAACCUGCAGCGAGACGGUGACACGGCGAGGAGCCAAAUCAACCAGCUGCAGCAUGUCGGGAACCGCCCGCUCAUCGUGUGUAUCGCUCUCAGAGGACUUCACUCACUGGCCUGCUGUGUUUGACUUCACCCUCACAAGUGUUUUAUAAUAACUGCUUUUUGCACUGAAGACCAAUCAUCCAAAUUAUGUUAGCAAAUUUAUUUUCUACAUGAACUAGUUCAAAGUUCAGUUCACAAAUUUUAAAAUGAACUUUUUCAGUUCUUAGUUGAAAUAUUAUAAAGUAAAUUCAUUGUUCCAAAAAUGAGAAUUUUAUAGUUCUUUUCUUUUCUGCAAUAAAAAAAUAAAAAAAAGUUGUUGUGAGCUGUUA